UUAAUCAUGAAGACAAUCAUCCGAUUGAUUGAUAAUGAAAAUAAUAGUUUCGUGUUGUCGUGUUUACAAUAAGACAAACGGGAUGAAAUAUGUGAUUCAACUGAGAUUAAUUGAAAAAGAAAAAACAGAUUUCUGAUAAUAAUAAUAAUAAUAAUAAUAACUUUGUGUUUGAUAAACAUUUUUCAUUAUUAAAUAUAAAUCACACAAGGAAAACAUUAGAAACAAUUUAUCACAGGCUGCAUGAAUUUUAAAAUUCAGAAUUGUCUUCCAUAUGAGAAUAAUAAUAAAGGAAGUUCUUCCUUUCUUUGCUCUUUAAACUACAAAGUAAAGUAUUUAUUUACAACAGAAAAUAACAACUUUCUCAGAGAUAUCAUAACAACAUUUAAACAGUCAAAUAAACUCUUUAAAGGUGCCAAACACACACACAUUUAAAUUACAUAAAACGGGGUAGAAUAAUAAGAAUAUAAAUAAGAAUAUAUUAUAAUGACAGUUAAAAUAAAACUAAUAAUAAAGUUCAGUCUGCUGAACACCUGUUGCGCCUACAAGCCCGCUCCAUGCCUUUAUUUUGAAGGAUAAUAUCCCGGCUCCGGAAGUCGGUACCUGCUGCUCUGUGCUGACCUGACUCACCUGUCUGUGUCUCCCUGAGGAACGCGGAGACCCCGCCUUCACGCACCGGAAACGGUCUGGGGACAUGACGUCAUGUGGUGAUUGACAGGAGCCGGGAGUGACUGGUACCGCCCCCCAGUGACGUCAUCACAGAUGACAGAGUACCACGACCUCAGACUGGGAGGUGCGGACCCUGAUGCAGCUGCAAACUGCCCCAGUGCUCACUGCUCACGGUCUCAUGAAGCCAAAAGAACUACAUCAUCCACAAAAAAAGCAGAUAUGCAAUGAGAUAACUUCUGCUAUGAAUUGGCGCUAUAUAAAUAAAUUGAACAUGCUGAGGCCACCAUACUUUGAAGACCUCGGCUGCACCUUGAGAUUCUGUGAGUGAAACAGAAUCUGUAACAAGGCGCUGUAAUGGACAUGUAGUUCGUGCUGAUGGUCCAGCUGGUGAAGGGGGGGGUUGGAGAUUUCUCAGCUUAUUACAAGGCUGAUUAGCUGUAAGGAGAUUAGAAGCACAGGUUAACAGGCGCCUCAGAACUCCUCUUCUCAGCUGCAAUAUUUGCUGCACUGCUCUGGAAGUGUGGCAGGACUCACCUACCCGAGAUGAUGGGGGGUCGGAGGGAAGACAGGCGAGCGGCUGGAUGUCCGACAGCUUUAAGUCAACAAGCGGUCAUAUCGCGGUUGUGUCUUGGAGUUGUGGACUGCCGUCAAGAGUACCUAAAAUACCUCGCUAAGCUCCUUAUGAUGCUCUGCAGAGAGCAGCCACCGGCCUUCUCUCUCCUCUUUCCUCCAGCUUUCCUUUGAAAACUGAACCCUGAACUCUCAGACCCCCGUGGAUUGGAUGUGAGGGCUACGACUUGACGUGACAACAGACUGUAUGAGCAACUGAUGAUGUGACCCAUUGGUUUAUGAUAGCUGGAUUUGAAGUUGAGUUUGGCUUUACGAGUCAGAGCCAGAAACUUCCAAAUAUGGGCAGCAGGGUGGAACAAACGAUAGGCCAGUGAAACCUGACUGGAGUAAACCAUCUGGGAAGGACCAACCACUCAAGGCAUAGACACUCUUUUAACCCCACUGAUGUUCUGGUGCCUCAGUUUUUAACAAAUUAUUGUUGUUGACAUUUCAUACAUUAAAUAACCAAAUAUGUCAGACUCAGUUUUGGGGAAGUGAGUCUAAAAUGAUGCACAAGACAUCUAGAAUAUUUCCAUUUGAUGGAAAGACUUCAUAGCUUCAGUGCUAUAAGAGCUGGGGGCAAAUUUAAAGGGGAAAUCAGGGUUAAGGGGGUUAUUAUCUAAUCAAUGGACCGAUUUUCAAUAUAAUAAUUAUAAUAUAACAGGAACAGCUGAAAAUAAAUUAGCCACUGAAAUCAUGUCAGACUAGAGAGGUUUUUAAUGCAGCACCUAUUGGUUGUAAGUGGUACUGCACCUGAAGGCACUCCGUUUUUGACCAUGUUUUCGGCUGACUGGACGUGAUUUACAUAAAAACCACAGGACUGACAUGGCAGUCGGUAAAGUGACCUUCACCAAGGCGGAGAGAGAGAAGCUAGCCGAAGUCCUCUGGCUGCUCAACUGGAUCUCUGUGGUGACGGGAGCUAUCCUCUUUGGCCUGGGCUUAUUCCUCAAAGUAGAGAUUCAGAAAUGGCAGGAAGUGAUGUCAGACCAGGGGAUCCUUUACGUGCCACAUACACUGAUCACCACGGGCUUGGCGGCCUGCUGCAUCAACUUCCUGGGUGGGAAGAUAUGCCUGGACUGCGCCGACACCAACAAGUUCCUGCGCUGGAAGCUGGUGAUGAUGCCAUAUGUCAUCUGUACCUUCUUCUUCACCUCCUGCAUCCUGGCGGGGGUGCUCAUGUGCUACAGCAUCCACAGCCAACUGGAGGAGUCGCUGUUGCUGGGCCUGAGGAACGCCAUGCGGUACUACAAGGACACGGACACGCCGGGCCGCUGCUACUUGAAGAGGACUCUGGACUUGCUGCAGAUCCAGUUCCAGUGCUGUGGGAACACUGGGUACCGGGACUGGUUCCGGGUCCAGUGGAUCAGCAACCGCUACCUGGACAUGACCAGCAGCACCGUGGUGGACCGUCUGAGGAGUAACGUGGAGGGGAAGUACCUGAUGGAUGGCGUUCCCUUCAGCUGCUGCAGCACCUUCUCUCCUCGACCCUGCAUCCAGCAGCAGGUCAGCAACAGCUCGGCACAUUUCAACUACGACCAGCAGAGCCAGCAGCUGAACCUGUGGAGGAGAGGCUGCCGACCUGCCCUGAUGGACCAUUACACCAGCAUCAUGCAGUCCAUCGGCCUCACCGUGCUCCUCAUCUGGCUGUUUGAGCUUCUGGUUUUGACGGGAGUCCGUUACCUGCAGACGGCCAUGGAGAACGUUCUCCGGCUGGGUGAUCCUGACUCACAAUCAGAUGGUUGGAUUCUGGAGAACAGCCUGGCAGAAACAGCCCGGUCCAACUUUAACAUCAUCAAGAACCUGGGGAAGUGUUACCAGGUCGACGACGACCCCAACAUCAACGUCCCGAUCACCCCUGCCGAGCAGGAGGUACCAUCCCGGCAGGUCCAGAUCCCUGUGACCAGCUAGCAUACAGCCUGAGGAGUCAUGGACCUCUGAAAGACCAGGACGUGCUGGAACAUCUCGGGUUCAAAACCUCCAAGGCCUCAAGUGAUGCUCUGUGGCCAUGAAUCACUUCCAGCUCCAGGAUGCACUGCUCUGGGCUGGGCGUGUCCUCCAGGAGACAUUCAAGACUUUUUCAUCCCAAAGAAAAGCUCCAUCGGUGCCGUCCAGAUAUGAAGUUUUUGAAAAAUGUUUAAAGCUGCUGUGUCCUCAGAGCUCUGCAGGUCCGAUGCAGUUAUUUCUGCCUUCAGACGGAACUUAUUUUUAAGUAGUUUUACAAGGUUUUUAAAACAUCAGCAUACGAAACAACUUUUAAAUUAACAAAUACUUAAACUUGUAAUGAAACCUGCCGGAGCACGUUGUUUUCAUUCUUAUAUAUUUUGUGACAACAUGAGUCAUUUUUUUGUGAAUGACAGGAACAGUUUUGUAUGUCAUGAAACCAGAUUUGUACCAUUUGGUGUCUACUUGUGCUUUUAAAGGUACAAAUUUGCAGCAAAGGGUGCUAAAUAAUAAUAUGAGGGUUUGUACAGUACAAGUGAGAAGCAGCGUACUCUGAAAGGAAUAAUUUUGCUUUCUCCACUUCUUAGAAUGAUGCUAGAAAAUGCCAGAAAACAGUCAGAUGGCAGCUGAACACUGUUGCUGCUGUAGGGCAGCUGAAGAGAAGCCGCCCACAAACGUCAAACCCUAACCUGGAAAAAACGACCCGAGUGCUUUACAUAGAAAUGAUUGGUUAUUACUGUUAUCGGCAACCGAGAAAGUUUGGGAAGGUUUAAUUUUUUAAGUGUAAUUACAACUUGUUCACACACUGGCAAUAACAAGCAAUUAAUACAUGUCAAAAACUACAUACAGUACCUUUAACAGCCAAAAUGAACAUAUUUUGUAACUGGGCACAAAUAAAUAAGGAAGCAGUUAUUAAACCAGACUGAUGGAUCAGUCAGACUGAAAUUCACUUCCCAUUCAUGUCUAUGUAGAACAGGACGAGACACAUUCACUUCCUGUCAUGAACUGACCCACCAAUCUCCAGCCAAUCAGAGAGAGGGGGCGGGACAGAUCUCUCAUUCAGGAAAUACAGUUUGUUUAUAUUCUUGUUUUAUAACUGCAGGUGAAAUAAUACAAACAGCAGAAGAAGAAGAGAUGCUGAUUGGCUGCUCUGAGUGAUGGACGGUGACAGAAGUUACUGACAGUAAAAUGUUUGAUAAAACGCUGUUUAAUUUACAACUUUGUGGCCUGCUGUUAGCAUACUAGCCAUGUUAGCUCCCGCAGUUCAUGUUUACAACCCGGCGCACAGUGUUACCUGUCCCUCCUGCUUUAAGCUGCAACACGCCACGGAAAUGUCACCUGGUGGAUUUCACUGGUUUGACUGCAGCUUAAGAGGCUACAGUCAUGUUAGCGGCUCUGGGAGGCUGUAUGCUAGCAUGCUAACAUGCUCACAAUGACAAUGCUAACAUGCUGAUGUUUAGCAGGUACAAUGUUCACCAUCUUAGCUUAGCUGUUAGCAUGCUAACAUUAGCUGAUUAGCAGUAAACACAGAGC